AUGUCAAAACUUAAUUUAAAGCCAAAACCUGUGGGUACUUCGCUUACCACUCGUACUUCUACACCCCCUCCUACCCCCUCUCCUACGCUCACUCCUACGCCACCUCGUAGUACACCCACACCCGCAAGCCUUCCCCCUAAUGAUAAUCGGGUGAAUCAGUCGCCGGCGUCUCAACCAAUUUCAAUCUCAUGGCACGCCAUACGAGUAUUAAGUCGGGUGUCCAAAAGGUUUUACGAUUGCCGUAAGACUCAGGAGGAGCCCAUAGAUAUCUUGAAGAAUGUUUCGGGAGAAGCAAAGGCGGGCCAACUGUUGGCAAUAAUGGGCUCGAGUGGCGCCGGGAAGACAACUCUACUGAAUGUGUUGAACGCAAGAAAUUUGUCUAAAUUGACGGUCAAAGGCACAGUUCGUCUCAAUGGACAGGUAGUUGACGCCAAUGCCAUCACUGAGGUGUCAGCCUAUGUUCAACAACAGGAUCUGUUCGUACCAUUGCUUACAGUUAGGGAACACCUUAAGUUUCAUUCAUUAUUGCGAAUGAAUCCAAAUUUGACUAAAAAGGAGAGACAGGAUCGAGUGAAUCAAGUCAUACUUGAGUUCAGUUUAANUGCGGACACUCGGAUCGGAAGCAGUACUACAUUUAAGGGCAUAUCUGGGGGUGAAUCCAAACGACUGGCCUUUGCAUCGGAGAUAUUGACAAACCCGUCGAUAAUUGAUGAGCCGACCAGUGGUUUGGACUCAUUUAUGGCCGAAAACAUAGUUCAAGUGCUAAAGACUAUGGCAUCGAAGAGUCGCACCGUUAUCUGUACUAUACAUCAGCCCUCGUCUCAAGUGUUUAAACUCUUUGAACAGUUAUUAUUAUUGGCCGACGGAAGGGUUGCCUACAUGGGAAAGACUGAUGAAGCCAUGAAUUACUUCUCAUCACUUGGAUAUCAAUGCCCUAAGAAUUUCAACCCGGCUGACUUCUUUAUCGAACAAUUAGGUGAUAUUAUCUGAUAAUCUAAUUACCAUAAGAAUUAUUAUCA